AUGAGAUCAAAUCCAAAUAGGCGCAACCCUGGCCACUGGUGCAAGUUUCACGACGACCAUGGUCAUAAAACAGCAGAUUGUAGAUUGUUACAAGGUGAGGUGGACCAUUUGUUAAAGCAAGGGUAUCUUACCGAACUAUUAAGCGAAAAGGGUAAGCAAGCAUACAUGAAGAACAGGCAAGAGCCUCCCAAACCUCCUUCUCCGAAAAGGACCGUUAAUGUCAUAAGCGGAGGCGAAGAAAUUAACGGCGUGACAUAUACAGCAGCCAAGAAAAUUUCUAAAGUUACAGUUACACACGGGAAGCGGGUUCGACAUGUUCUAGAGGAAGAAAGUAUUACAUUUGAUGAUGCAGACGCGGACGGCGUGAUAACCCUCCACAACGAUGCACUGGUAAUAUCUUUACUGGUAUAUGAUACUAACAUAAAACGAGUUUUGAUUGACCCAGGUAGCUCCGUGAACAUCAUUUUGCUAAGAGUACUAAGCGAGAUGCAAGCGGAAGAUAAACUGGUACCCAAGGCGCAUACUUUAUCUGGUUUUGAUAAUUCGAGCGUCGUGACGAAGGGCGAGCCCAUGCUGGGCCGCCUUCGUGAUCAGGGGCUCGCUUCUGCGAGCUCGCACCUGCGGCUGUCCAAGCGUAAGUGCGAUUACACCAGAAGCCCAGCUGCUUCAGCUCUUUCUCCAAGUUCAAAUUCGAUCCGUUAA